AAAAACAAAAUAAAAGAAGCAAUGAAACCCCACUCAACUUGUGUUCUCAUCAGUUACUUACAUCAAUUACACAACGCCAAAAAAGAAAGCAACAAUGAUUUGAACAUUUCCAAAUAGUAAUCCAGUCCCAGGUCACUUCACCAUUAUAGCACACCAUUUGUUCUUCUGACAAUCAUUAUUCAUUCUUUCAUUCAUCUGAGAAAACAAAGAAGAAAUGCUUCAACUAUGCUCUAACCUCCAUUUUUCUAACAAAAUCUCAAAACGAACCUGGACUUUUCUCUUUAUUCUCUUCAUUCUAGCUUUCUUUACAACCCUCCACCAUCACCAAAACGCAGCAGCAACUCAUAAAAGUUCCAAUUUCUACCUGGACACUUUCCUCUCUUCCGCCACUAACUACACCCUCGCUACUUACCUCCGUCACCUCACCCUCCACCCCCAUCUUGCUGGUACCACCCCUUCCCUUCACACUGCUAUUUACGUUAAAUCCCAUUUCCAAUCCUUAAACCUUAAAACCCAUGUAACUAACUACACUGUUCUCCUCUCAUACCCUUUAUUCUCUUCCGUUACUCUCCAUUUCCCUAACGGCUCGGUCCUUGCUUUAACCUUGUCUGAACCGGGUUUUUCCUCCUCAACGGGCAUCGUGAAGCCGUAUCACGCUUAUUCACCAUCCGGGUCGGCGUACGGUAAACCGUGUUUUUUGAAUUAUGGGAGGGAAAAGGACUAUAUCACGGUCAGUGCGCAUGGGGUGAAGGUUAUGGGAUGUAUUGGGAUAGUGCGGAGAGGUGGUGGUUUGUCAAGGAAUGAGGUGGUGGAGAAGGCGGCGGUGCGUGGGGUGAAGGCGGUGUUGAUGUUUACGGAGGGUGAUGAUGAUCAGUUUGCAGGAGGGGUUGAAAGAGGAACAGUGAUGGGUGGUUUAGGGGACCCACUAAGUCCAGGGUGGGGUGGGGUUGAAAAUGGUGAGAAGUUGAAAGUAGAUGACCCGCUAGUGAUGCAAAGGUUUCCUAGUAUACAUUCAUUGCCAAUAUCAAUGAUGUCAGCAGAGAGAAUAUUGACGUUACUCGAGGGAGCUGAGAUGCCUUAUGAAUGGAGAAAGAGUAUGAAAUGUAGUACUAGUGGAAGACUUGGCCCUGGCCCGAUAAUGCUCAACUUUACCUACCAGGGUGAGAGAAAGAUAGCAACAGUUCAUAAUGUUUUUGCUGUCGUAAAGGGAUCAGAAGAGCCCGAUCGUUUUGUACUUCUUGGAAACCAUAGAGAUGCAUGGACUUAUGGAGCAGUUGACCCCAAUAGUGGAACUGCUGCCCUGCUUGACAUUGCUCGUAGAUAUGCUCUUCUCAUGCGUUUGGGUUGGAAUCCUCGAAGAACAAUCAUUUUCUGCAGUUGGGAUGCAGAGGAGUUUGGGAUGAUUGGAUCGACUGAGUGGGUUGAGCAGAAUCUUCUCAACCUUGGUUCUAAAUCUGUGGCCUAUCUAAAUGUGGAUUGUGCAGUUCAAGGCCCUGGGUUUUUUCCCAGUACCACUCCUCAGUUUGACAAUCUGCUUACAGAGAUCACCAAGAAGGUUACUGACCCAGACUCAGAGGGCAUGACUGUUUAUGAAAGAUGGACAGCUUCUAAUAGAGGUAUCAAGAUUCAACGGCUUAGUGGAGUAGAUUCAGACUUCUCCCCAUUUUUGCACCAUGCAGGUGUUCCUUCUGUUGAUCUGUACUAUGGCAGAGAUUUUCCAGUUUAUCACACAGCAUUUGAUUCCUACAACUGGAUGGUAAAUUUUGGGGAUCCAUUCUUUCAGCGGCAUGUGGCAGUGACAGCAGUUUGGGGACUUCUUGCACUUCGCUUGGCUGAGGAUCCGAUUUUACCUUUUAACUUUCUCCCAUAUGCCACUGAGCUGCAGGACUAUACGCGUAUCCUGAGUGACUUGUUGGAAGGAAGCAGCAUCUCGUUGCGUCCUAUUACUGCUGCCACUCAAGAACUUGCAGCUGCAGCCAAAGAAACUCUAGAAGAAGCAAAGAAACUGAAAGAAGAUGAAGCCAUGGAUCAGCACACAGCACUGAAACGACGGAUAUUAAAUGACCGGCUCAUGUUUGCUGAGAGGGGCUUUUUGGAUGCAGAAGGGCUUCAGGGAAGACCAUGGUUCAAGCAUAUGGACUAUUUUCAUCAAAUUGGUCUGCUCCAAAUGUUGCAGUGUAGGCGUACACUCCCAUUGCCAAGGUCAAUUUACUAAAUGGACAUGUAGAAGAGCACACUUGGUAUAGUCCAGUUGGAUGCACAAGUGGUUUUCUCGUCUCCACAGACAUUGACCUUGACGGAGAAAAUCUAUUAUGAUGAUGAUACUAAUUCCUGCUAAAGAGGAAUAUUAUCAAAUCUUAGUUCCUAGUAUUUCAAUAUCUCAUGAAUUGUGAAAUGAUAAGAUUAACAUUUAAGAUCAUUUACAGCCACCACAAAAAUAGCUGGGAGGAUGGCAUAGGUCUUGUAUCUUCCCCGGUAGGAAUCACAUAAGACAGCUCCCAGAGGGUGAAGAUGUGAACUGUCCCUGUCCAUUUACUGACAUUUUUUGCUGCUUCAGCAUCGUCUUUCUCCAUAACUUUAGUAAGAAAUAUGACUGAACGUCGGUGCUUUUUUUCCCUCUUUAGUAUGUCCGAAAACUUGAUCUGUUUAUUCUAAUGAAAGGUAUUUCUCCCUCGUAUAAUUUGGCUGUUUGUAAAUUGGCACUGUAUCUUAUUUAAGGAUUAAUUUGACAUAGCACAAAUCAUUCUGCUGGUUCACAUUCAAACCAUUGAUUAGUUAAUAAAUUAUGUAACAAACUCUAGUAAAAUACAUCUAUAAGAAAAAUAACGUUGUACUCGUAGGUCAAACUUGGUUUACUUUAUCAGUAAGGGAAGGAGGGAGAUACUCCCUCCGUCCAUCUUUACUUGUCUACUAUACUAAAAAUAGAUGUGCACCAAUAUUUGUUCAGUUUGGAAAACCAAUGGAUAACUUACACAUUUUAUACUCAGUUAUUAAUUACAGUCAUUACCUAAUACAUUUCUCAAAGCAUUAAAUUAAUUAUAUGAACGGGUUAUAUGGUAAAAUUACCACUAUAAUUUACUGUUUCGUAAUUUGUGUGCCAAGUAAUAGUGGACAACUAUUGAUGGACAGAGGGAGUAUUACUCUUACAAGUGUUUUGA